GAAUGUAGCUCACGGUCACUCCGACGUUGUAGAUCUCAUCAAGACAAAUAAGCAACAGAUACUAGGACUGGUCUGGGAAACGCAAACAGAUGAAUUUAUCAUCUCCUGGAACAUCUCUGAUUCGAAGGAGACCCACACUAAGAGGGAGCUUCUUGCGGAAAUAAUGAGGCUCUACGACCCGCUAGGCAUAUGCGCACCCAUGAUCUUCAGGGCAAAGUGCAUGCUGCAGGAACUUUGGAAGGUGCCUAACGUACAAUGGGAUGACCCAUUACCGGAUUCAAUACAAAGGGAUUGGAAUAGAUUCCGCAAGCAGGUUACGGGUGAAAUACAAAUACCUCGAUGUAUUCGUCCGCCAUCAUCCAACCAAUUUGAACUACACGGAUUUGGAGAUGCAUCUGAACUCGGAUAUGGAUGUUGUAUAUAUGUCCGAGCUCUCUUCGAAGAGCAAACCGUAACCACACGACUGCUAUGCGCCAAAUCGCGGGUAGCACCGUUAAAGAAAUCAACUAUUCCACGGCUGGAACUUUCAGCAGCCUUAAUUUUGGCCGAGUUGACACAAAGGGUAAGGUUGGCGAUGAAAUUGCAUUUUCGGAAGGUUAUACUAUGGACUGAUUCAACCAUCACGUGGCAUCGAAUUCAGUCGGAUCCCUCGCGAUUCUCCACAUUCGUCGCUAACCGAGUCAUGAGAAUUCAGGAAUUAUCAGCUCCGGAACAAUGGAGGCACGUUCCUGGAGAAUUAAACCCAGCAGAUAUAGUUUCCCGAGGAUGUUUGCCGAACGCGCUAAGGGAUUGCGAGACAUGGAUGCACGGGCCGAAAUUCUUACAAGGGGAUACAAGUUGUUGGCCUAACAACGUUUUACAUCAAGAUGACAGCGAAGCCGUAGCGGAUCCGGAGGUGAAGCUGACAUCCAAGUCUAUUGUAUGCAACAUUGGUUCAAGCGAUCCACUAACGUCCAGAUAUUCCAAUCUUAAUCGACUGCUGAGAGUGAUGUCAUGGAUUUUACGAUUCAUCAACAAUGUUCGAGGAUCACCCACAUCUAAGGUUCUAGGACAACUACAAGCAUCAGAGUUAUCCAAGGCUCUCGAGGUAUUAGUACGGCAGGCACAAGGGAAGGAUUUCGAAAGGGAAAUUGAUCUACUAACAACCGGCGCAGAACUCAGCAACAACAGUUCUCUAACGCAUUUACGACCUUUCUUAGAUGACAACAACGUCUUGCGAGUAAACGGAAGAUUGCAUAAUGCAGACAUAAACGAGGAUCAACGGCACCCAAUGUUGCUAUCAAGCAAAAAUCCACUCAGUACACUUCUUGCGCGACAUCAUCAUGCGUCCAAUUUACAUGCGGGUCCUCAAGCACUGUUAUACUCCCUGCGUCAACAAUUUUGGAUUUUAGGAGGACGGAAUUUAUCGCGAAGGAUCGUGCACGAGUGUGUAAGGUGUUUUCGAGCGAGGCCCAGGUUCAUCCACCAAUUGAUGGGUCAGCUACCUCCUGCCAGAGUCAAUCAGACUCGCCCAUUUUCAAAGGUAGGCGUGGACUUUUGCGGACCAUUUAUCUGUAAGCCAAGGGUUCGCAGCAAGGCCUUACUCAAAACCUACAUUUCGGUCUUCGUCUGUUUUGUGACCAAGGCGAUCCACCUGGAGGUGGUCACAGAUCUAACUACGGAGGCGUUCCUUGCGGCGCUCAAGCGCUUUAUCUCUCGUAGAGGGCGAUGCUCAGAUAUCUACAGUGACAAUGCAACUAACUUUGUAGGAGCAGAUCGCUCACUCCAGGAACUGAAGAAUCUGUUCGAAACUCAACGUCACCAAACAACUUUGCACAACGCUUGCUCCGAGGAGGGCAUAACUUGGCACACCAUACCACCCAAUUCGCCUCAUUUUGGUGGACUAUGGGAGGCUGCCGUCAAGGCUGCUAAGCACCAUCUUAAACGUGCAUUGGGCUCGAUGUCUUUCACCACCGAAGAGCUUAAUACCGUAGUAAUUCAGACUGAGGCUUGCCUGAACUCGAGGCCGAUCACACCUAUGUCUACUGAUCCAGCGGACUUAGAAGCUCUCACCCCAGGGCAUUUUCUGGUCGGAGCCCCUUUAAAUGCUCUGCCGGAACCAGAUUUGACGGAUAUCAACCUAAACCGGCUGUCGAGAUGGCAACGAUUGCAACAGCAGCUGCAAUUAUUCUGGAGAAGAUGGUCGACGGAAUACCUAACAGAACUGCAUUCCCGUGCAAAAUGGUACCGGAAGCGAGACAACAUAAACGUAGGAACGAUGGUACUACUUAAAGAUGAGCAACUCCCUCCGAUGAAGUGGACUGUGGGACGAAUCACGGAGUGCCACGCUGGAGCGGAUGGACUA